GCCGCUACCCGAUAGUCGCAGUUCCUCAACGAACGGGUGUGUGACUGUGCGCGCCGGUCUGUGGAUCGGGUUCACACUACCCUCUCCACACAUGAUGGAUCAUAAGAAAACAGAACCAGACCUUUCCUAUCGCAACGGGAUUACUCAGUAUGGAGAAUUCACAGCCAUUGAAAACCGAAAAUUCAGGUACGCCGUGAGUCUAACAGAGAGGGACCUCACCAUUCAAAAGAUCACGUCCACGCCAGCGGGACGGAGCAAGGUGGUUUACAACUUAAAAGACUGUGUUGGUUGCCGGGCUUACAGAGGAGAUGACAACACGGACACUGCAGCGUACUUCUCUGCUUUUUUCUACCCAUUCAAGAAACGCUGGAUGAGUUCUGGGUUGUCACGGCAAAGGCUCGAGCAGUGCUUUCGGGUUGAACUGCUCCAAGACUCGCGUGCCAACCUGGAGGAGGCAGAGAGAUGGGCUCGCGCCAUCCGUGACAGCUCAGUUCGACAGCAACAUCUGAGAAACGGUGUUGAGUUCAGUGAGGUGCGCCGCCCCUGCAGGGUGAUGCUGCUGGUCAACCCCCAGAGUGGGAAGGGAGACGCCCUCACCCUCUUCACCGGCCACGUCCAGCGUAUGUUCCAUGAGGCCGGCAUCCCGCACACUCUGGUCAUCACAGAACGUCAGAACCAUGCCAGAGAGCUGGUUCGCGAGGCUGAUCUAUCCCAGUGGGACGCCCUGGUGAUCAUGUCUGGAGAUGGCCUCCUGUUUGAGGUGGUGAACGGUCUGAUGGAGAGAGAGGACUGGCGAGAAGCCAUCCAGAUCCCCCUGGGGAUCCUACCUGGGGGGUCAGGGAACGCCCUGGCAGCAUCCAUACACCACUACUCUGGGGCCCAGGCGGUGUCGCGCGAGGAGCUGCUCGUCAGCUGCGGCUUCCUGCUGUGCAAGGGCCUGGUGGCCUGCAUGGAUCUGACCUCCAUCCACCUCUCCUCCAGCCGCCGCCUCUUCUCCUUCCUGUCGCUGGCCUGGGGCUUCGUGGCCGACGUGGACGUGGAGAGCGAGAAGUACCGGCACGUGGGCGCCGCCCGCUUCACCGUGGGCACCCUGGUCCGGCUCGCCUCGCUCCGCGUCUACCAGGGCAAGCUGGCGUACCUGCCCGCGGAGGAGGAGGAGCGCUCGGUGUCCAUCGCCGUGUCGCCGCAGCGCCCGCCCCCCUCGGCGUUCUGCCCCGCCACCCUGCUCUGCGGGCCCGCGCACGACUCGCCCGCCCCGAAGGCCGCGCACACCCUCCACAACUCCUGCAACUCCAACAACUCCCUCAAGGGGAAAACGUACGAGGCGAUGCCCGGCCACGGGGCCCUCACGGGGCCGCCCGACUCCCUCCUGGUGCCCCUGGACGAGCCUGUGCCCAGUGACUGGGUGGUGGUGAAGGAGGAGGACUUUGUCCUCAUGUUGGCCAUGUACCAGACCCACCUGGCGGAGGACCUGUUUGCGGCGCCCCAAGCCAACCUGGAAGACGGCAUCAUCCACCUGUUCUACGUCAGAGCGGGCAUAUCUCGUACGGCGCUUCUCCGACUCUUCUUAGCCAUGGAGAAGGGCAUGCACAUGGCGACCAACUGCCCGCACAUGGUCUAUGCCAAGGUGCGGGCACUGAGGCUGGAGCCGUAUUCGCCCAAGGGGGUGAUCACCGUGGACGGGGAGGUGGUGGAGUAUGGGCCUGUGCAGGCCCAGAUACACGGACGGCUAGCUAGGCUAAUCACUGGCUAGUAUGGGGAUUGGUGCUACGGAGCUAGCGAGGCAUUUCUUUGCACUUUCCAAAGGUUAGGUCGGAAUUUUGCCGUUGAAACUUUUGACAUGCAAGUGCCAUGGUUCCAUAGCUAAACCCUUUUGAAGGAUACACUCUGAAUAAUGAGUUAUAAUAUUAAUGAAUUACCUUUUUUUGGGGGGAUUGUUGACCUCCCUUGUCAGAGGCAACCUAGCUCCCCUUUUCUCACCAAGGGGACGACAGUUGUGAUACUGCCGUUGGCCGUGCGGUGAGAAGUCUGUAAUCAUAACUUACUCACCCGCACAUACAGUCCCUGCAUAUCAAAUACCCCCCCACACACAGAAACCCCGCACAUACAGUACACAUCCACAUGCACACAACAGUUUCCCACCCUGAACGGCGUGUUUACGACCACGGAGGGGUCAUCUCUAUGUUGUAGCACAACUGCCGUCUCAAUUUGAAUGAUCUCCCCUCAUGCAAUGCUUUUGGGUGGUGAGGCCUUUGCUGCUCUGUUGCACUGGAGUGGACAUGUGGAAGAUACUAGCUUUAGCCGGGAGCUAGCGGGGACAUUAUAAACAUGCCCUUACUUGAACUCACUUUACUAUGGGCCCAGUGGCAGUCGCACCAUUGCUUUUUCAAUCACACUCCAGCUAGAACACUAGCAAGUGGAACAUCUGUUAACCUCAGCAUAUCCAAAUCCAAUACUUGCAUUCAGCCUAUUCUUAAUGGCCUGCUAGUUUUGAGCUUGUUUUGCUUACCUAAUUCUACAAUGGCGACGGCCAGCUUUAAAGUGCACAGAUUGAGAGAAUAGGAGGAAAGUGAUGGGCCUUUUUAUAUUGUGCUGCUAAAACUAGCUAUGGCCUGGCCUGUUUAGGUCGGUCCUGCGGUUCACAUUAGGUCGACGUUGAUGAGUUGUAGUGCCCUGGCUGCAGCCUGUCUUCACCGCACAUCCAUCCCUCCCUCCCCGUCCCUCCAUCCCUCCCUCCAUCCAUCCAUCCUCUGAGAACUGCAGUGCUCCGCAGAGCUGUCCCGCAGUCACACACACACACCUCCCCCCUUUCCCUCUCAGCACCUAUGUGUCCUUAUUGUCAUCAAGCUUUAACCUUCAUACGGAGAUGAAACUACCAAGGAAUUAUGUCAGCACGCCAGUGCUGCUGCUAAGCUAACCCUGCUAUGGGAUGUAGCACAGAACUUUGGAGAAGGAGGGCGGCAAUUAUUCUGCCUUAAACACA